GUUUACGGCAGUGAACUUCUGCGCUUCGCUCGCUGUCACGCAGGUGGAAUUCAGUCCAGCAGCCGUGUGAUUCGAGCACAUCAGGACAGACAUUCAGUUUGAAGAGAGCUCCUCUCCAAACCUGACUUCGUCUCCGAGCGUCACGUCAACAGUUUACCUCAUCACAGUCAUGGCAUCAUCAGCGCAGACGAGGAGUCUGAACAGCUGCACGCAGAUCGGAUGCUUUUGAACGACGAUCUUCAGAGAGACUCGCAUCAUGCUCAGGUGAUCACACAGGCUGCGUUUGGGAAAGAAAACAGUCGGGUGGAUGUUUAGAAUAUUAAUCAGACCCUUUUUAUAAUCAUGGAGGAGAGCAAUACCAGUGAAUCAGUGCCAGAUUUAAAGGAUCUGGAAUUGAAAGUGGGGAGAAAGACCCCAGAGGGGCUCCUGAAGUGGAUGAGAGAAGAGCACAAAAUGAUCUCUCAUCAUCAGACAGACAAUAAUGAGACCGAGACGAAAGGCCUGGAUGAGAAGAUCCGAAAACUUAAAAUGGAGAUGGCUUAUCUACGAGCAGCAGAUGUCAAGAUCUUGAACCAGUUACUAGCACUUCACGAGGGCAUCGAGGCAGUGAAAUGGCUCCUGGAAGAGCGUGGUGCACUCACCAGCCGCUGCAGCAGCCUGACCAGCAGCCAGUACAGCUUAGGCGAGGGUCCCGACACCUCCUGGAGGGGCAGCUGGAGCAGUCUGCAGGACCCCCAUGACAAGCUGGACAACAUUUCCAUUGGCAGCUAUCUCGACACAUUAGCUGAUGACCUGGAUGAGUACUGCCCCUCUAGUGGGACUGAUUCAAUAAUCUGUAACACCCCCAUGGGAACAGAUGGCUCCAGAGGUACAGGAGGAGGAGUGGGAAGUUCCACUGGAUCUGGAAACCGAUCUCCACAAGUCAAGUCUGAUGUCCCUAAAGAAGAAGCUCAGGUUUGGAAUAAAGCACCGUCUGAUACAUCGAGACCGUACCAACCCAGCAAGACAAAUGGAAUCCUGGACAAAUCAGUGAAGCAAGUGGUCAGACCAGAUUCGCCCAGGGCUUGUCUGGCUGAGAAGCUGGGGAAGAAUCUGAGCCCUAAAAUGAAACCCUACAAGAAUGGCAAAGUUGAGUUGGAGAGCUGUAAAAUGAACGGCAAAGUUCAACUGGAGUAUGACGCACACUGGCGUUGGGUGCAGUCACAGGAUGAUGUGACCUUUUUGUGAUAAUAUAUGCAUGAUUAAGCCAAAGGUGUUGAUGGGAGACUGCUCUGCUUCUCUAUUCACCACUGUUUUGUUUGUACACUUGGAUCUUUGAUUAAUUUGAGGCCAUCUUCUCAGAUCUCCUGAAAUAGGAGGGGUUAAGAGCUCAGCAAUGGAAAAGAAGCUUAGACUUGUGGGUGAUCAGAGUUAAAAAAUCCUGAAUUAAUGACAUUAUAUACUCUUUGUCAGGUUGUGUAGAUGUUUAUGGACGCAUGAUUCAAAUGUGCAUUUCAUGUGAGGUAAUAACCUUCUGUAAUGACAUCUAUUGAUUCAACACAACUAUUUAUUAAGUCAGUAAUUCAGGACUUUAUUGAAUAUGUCAGUAUAUUAAUUUCAUUUAAAUGCGGUUUCAAUCCUAUGUGCCUAGGUUAUUUUAAAACAGUUCUCAGAAAGAUUCAUAAAGGCUUUUUUUGCAUACUACCAUUCAACAGUUUGGGGUUCUUAUGCUCACAAAGGCUGCAUUUAUUUGAUCAAAAUACAUUAAAAGCAGUAAUAUUGUGAAAUAUUACAAUUUAUAGUAACUGUUUUCUAUUUCAAUAUAUUUUAAAAAGUAUUUAUUUAUGUGACGUCAAAGCUGAAGUUUAAUAUUAAUGCUUAACAUUUUUGUGGG